GCAGCAGUAGUCCCGUCAGCUCACUCGUCUUCUCUGGGCUCCGGAGAGCGGUUUGGGAACCUGGGGGGUCUGCUCGGAAAGUGAAGGAGGCGCACCUGGGGUGAGAGUGCGGGUGACUAGUUACCUUGAAACAAAUGGACCCUUGUGAGGUAGGAAGCAGGGAGUCUCUAUAAACAGGAGUCUUAACCUGGAGGAGAGCACCAUCUGACCUUAAACCUGUCUCCAGAACUUCAGAGCAGAGACAGAAGAACCCAGAAAGGAGCAGAUCCUAGAUGCGUAAGGUCAGAAGUUGUUCUUAAUCUCCCUGCUGAGAAUGAGCCGUUCUUGGAAAUGACGCCACCUCUAGAAGCCAGCAGACUUAUGACACUUGUGAGUUUGGACAGCCUUGAGAAGAACAAGCUGCACCACAGUUCUCAACCCUCCCAAGAGCACAAAAUGAACAUACCUCAGGCAGCAGUGUCAUUCAAAGACGUGACUGUGGCGUUCACCCAGGAGGAGUGGCAGCAGCUGGACUCUGCACAGAGGACCCUGUACAGAGAUGUGACGCUGGAGAACUACAGCCACCUCGUCUCAGUGGGGUACUGCUUUACAAAACCAGAACUGAUCUUCAUGUUGGAACAAGGGGAUGAUCCGUGGUUAUUAGAGAAAGAAUUUGUAAAAAGGCGUUCCCCAGAAGAAUCCCAACCUGAUGAACUCUUAGAAAAGAGCCUAGAAAACCACGGCAAACAUUUGAAGCAAGUUUUAUUCACCAACAAAUCAUUGACUACAGAUCAGGAAAUUUCAGGAAAACCAUGUAAUCUGGAAAUAAACAUUUUUCCUGCAAACACAAUGCCCUGUAAAUUUGACAGUACAGGGUCUACUUACUUUCUUCGCAAUUCAUUGGCCCCACACUGUCAGUUUUCAAGAAAGAAAACUCACGUAUGUGAGAAAUUGCUCCUCAGUGUUAAGGAUGGCAGAACUAAUACUGGAGAGAAAUCUUUGGCUUAUACUAGCAGUGUGAAAGCCUCCAGACAUAAAGACAAAGUUAUUCAGCAUCAGACAAUUCAGACUUUGCGGCAAGCUUUUAAAUAUAAAGAAUGUGGAAAAGAUUUUCUUGAAAAGACUACCAUUGCUACACCUAAGAGUACCCACCCCAAGGUGAAAUCUUAUAAAUUUAAUAAAUUUGGGGAAAAUCAAUGUGAUAAAUCAACCUUGAUAGUAUCUCAGAGCAAUCAUCCAGAGGAGAAGAGUCACUAUGAGUUUAGUAAAUACGAAUGUACUGAAAACGGAAAUAAUUUCAGUAGGAACACUCAAAGGACAGACACAGAAGGGAAAUCUUUUAGCCAAAAAUUACACAUUAGAGAACAGCAAAAGAUUAAUUUAGGGGUGAAACCCUUUGAAUAUGGAAAGAAUUUCAGCCAUAAUUCAGCCCUCCCAGUGCUCCAACAAAUUCAUUCAAUAGACCAAUCCUCUGACUAUGACACAUGUACAGAGACAUUAGGUUACCAGUCAACUUUCAGUGUACAUUACAGAACUCCAAUACCAGUGAAACCCUGUGAACGUAAUGAACGCGGAAAAUCUUGCACUAUGACUUCACGCCUGAUUCAGCUUCCGAAAAGUCAUACAGAGAAACCCUAUGAAUGUCAUGAAUGUGGGAAAGCUUUCAGUGAGAAGUCACGCCUAAGAAAACAUCAGAGAACUCACACAGGAGAGAAACCCUAUAAAUGUGAUGGAUGUGAGAAAGCUUUCAGUGCAAAGUCAGGCCUAAGAAUACAUCAGAGAAUUCACACAGGAGAGAAACCUUUUGGAUGUAAUGAAUGUGGGAAGUCUUUCAACUAUAAAUCAAUUCUCAUAGUACAUCAGAGGACGCACACAGGGGAGAAACCCUUUGAAUGUAGUGAAUGUGGGAAAUCAUUCAGCCAUUUGUCAGGCCUAAGGAAUCAUCAGAGAACUCACACAGGAGAAAGACCAUAUAAAUGCGAUGAAUGUGGGAAGGCUUUCAAACUGAAAUCAGGUCUGAAAAAGCAUCAUAGAACUCAUACAGGGGAGAAGCCCUAUAAAUGUAAUCAAUGUGGGAAAGCUUUUGGUCAGAAAUCACAACUCAGGGGACAUCAUAGAAUUCACACAGGGGAAAAACCCUAUAAAUGUAAUCAUUGUGGAGAAGCUUUUAGGCAGAAAUCAAAUCUCCGAGUGCAUCACAGAACUCACACAGGGGAGAAACCUUAUAAAUGUGAUGAGUGUGGAAAAACUUUCAGGCAGAAAUCAAAUCUCAGAGGACAUCAGAGAACUCACACAGGGGAGAAACCCUAUGAAUGUAAUGAAUGUGGCAAAGCUUUCAUUGAGAGGUCAGUCCUAAGAAAACAUCAGAGAAUUCACACAGGAGAGAAACCUUAUAAUUGUAAUCACUGUGGAGAAGCUUUUAGCCAGAAAUCAAACCUCAGUGUACAUCAGAGGACUCACACUGGGAGAAACCCUAUAAAUGUGAUAAAUGUGAGAAAACUUUCAGCCAGAAAUCAAGCCUUAGAGAACAUCAGAAAUCCCACAUGGGGAAUUAAACAUAUAAAUGUAAUGAAUAUGGAAACACUCUGAGCUGGAAAUCAAAUCUCACAAAACAAAAUAAAAUACAUAGGAGAGAGCCCCUAUGAAUAGAAUAAAACACUUGGAAUUUCAUCUGGAUGAUACCAGCUUUCACUAAACAUCAGAGAACUUAACACAAGAGAGAAAUUCUUGGGAUACAUUUUAUAUGGGCUGUUUCAUCCUGAGUGCAGUCCUCAUUGUACAUCAGAGAACUCAAUUCAGCAAAGAAACUCUAAAAAGAUAAUGAAUACAAGAAAUACUUCGUACAUUUAAUCCUCAAAAAACUAACACUGCAGAAGAACUCUGGGAAUGUAAUGAAAAUGUGUAAACUGUGCCAGCAAUCAAAAUUCAUUCAUCAUCAGAGAAAUCUAACAGUGAGAAGACUGAGAAUGUAAUAAAUAUGUGAUAACCUUUAGCUAAAAUCCAGCUUUCUCAGUAAAGCAGAAAAUACAUAACGGGUAGAGACCUCACAGUAUAUCAGAAGAGACAAAAUCAAGGUUAUAGAUGUGGGGAAUCUUAACUAUAAGUCACAUCUUUAUUUAACUAACAGAGGGGUAAUAACUAUCGUUAUGACACGUAAUGACUAUUAAUUGUUCAGGAACCAUUUCCUCUUCUCCCUCAUGCCACACCUAGUCUAAGUUUCUCAACUACCCUGCCAUCCAGAUGAGAUCAUAUUUUUAAUGUCUGGAUAGUGAUAGUUAAAAAUAUGAGAUCAUAUUUUUAACCAAUGACAAAUCUUACUAAAUACAUCUCUUGAAGUCUUAAUAUUUUCUCCUAUCCCUUAGAAUGGAGUGGAUGUUACCCCCAGCAAAACCAAGGGGCUCAUGCACAGAAGAUGAAAGAGUACAAAAUAGAAAAAAAUAGGACCAAAGAGUGACUGUUGAAUGAAAGUUUCUCCUACAUGUUCACAGAUUUUUGCCAUAAUGAAAUAAACUUGUUCUCUGCUGAGGUUC